GCAUGUGUGGCGGGAAAUAUCAGUGUUACAGAUUUUGGUCUCUCUCAGGUAUUUCUUUGAUACUAUUCAGACGUGAAGACAAUAUGAAACUGGAUGUACCUGAGAUAUCAUGGCAUGACAGGGACCCUGUAUACAGCGUGGAUUUCCAGAAAUACGAUGGCAAGGUCAGACGCCUAGCAUCCGCUGGGGCUGACAGAUAUGUUCGCAUAUGGUAUAUAGGAUCAACACCAGAUGGUAAAGCCAAGGUCGAAUUUGCCGCAAACUUGAAGCGACAUGCCAAAUCGGUUAACGUUGUCCGAUUUUCGCCCAGUGGCAACAUUCUGGCUUCGGGUGACGAUGAUGCUGCCAUCUACCUGUGGAAGAAAAAUGACUCGGCUGGGGGUGGCAAUCUAUUCGAAGACGACGAUGAAGUGGAGAACAAGGAGUCGUGGACGGCCUACAAGAUGCUGCGGGGACAUCUAGAAGACGUGUACGACCUCGCUUGGUCGCCGGACAACCAGUGCUUACUCUCCGGGUCCGUCGACAACACGGCCGUCCUCUGGGACGUAGUCGUCGGCAAGAAGCAGAAGGUUAUCUCGGACCACAAGAGCUUUGUGCAGGGUGUCGCCUGGGACCCGAAGAACAAGUACCUGAUCACAAACAGCUGUGACAGGUCGUGUCGUGUCUACAGCGUUAGCACGCUCGCAUGCGUGUACAACCUCACGAAGACCGUGACGACCACGGCCCAGCCGGAUGGCAAUGUGCAGACAAAGUCGUCGCGACUCUUCCUCGACGAAUCGACAAAGUCGUUCUUCAGGCGUUUGACUUUCUCGCCAGACGGAGAGAUGCUCAUAGCACCUGCUGGCUGCGUGGAGAUGGGAGAUAAGGUCGUCAACGCCACUCACAUAUUCACGCGUAAAUCGCUGCCAAAACCAGCUGUGCACCUACCUCUGCCUGAGAAAGUCGCGGUGGCAGUCAGGUGUAGUCCAAUACUGUAUGAUCUGAGAAAAUGCGAGAAAUCGAGGACCAACGAUGAGGAGCAGGAUGAUGGCAGCACGGGACCCGAUGACAAAGAAAGAGAGGUGCCGGCCUGGAAGAAAUACGAGACGGUAUUCGGAUUACCGUAUCGCGUGGUGUUCGCUGUGGCGACAGAAUGCUCGAUACUGUUCUACGACAGCCAGCAGACAUUCCCAUUUGCAUCGGUCACUAAUGCACAUUACACGCAGCUGACUGACCUUGCCUGGUCGUCCGACGGCCAAGUACUGGUGUGUUCCUCAAGCGAUGGCUACUGUUCAUUUGUCAUGUUCAAGGAAGGAGAGUUAGGUGAAGUGUAUGUGCCAGCAGCGAGCGAGGAUGCAGCAUCCACAGUUAGUUCGAGCAGUAAUGACAUGCAGCCUUCUGAAGUAACGAUCAGCCAAAGUAUAUUACUUGAUGCAAAGUCCAGCGAGGAAAUGGAGAGCGUAGCAAAGCCUAUAGCUGUCAGACGGGCUGUACCGUUUCAAUCAGUAGCUGUGAUGUCGUCUUCUACUCAGGUCAAGGAAGCAAGGAGAAUCACACCCACUCUUAUAUCAUCUCCACAAGGAGUUGGAAAUGCAAAGCAACAGUGCAAAAUCAUACCAACACAAGUGCACCCGCAGUCCAGCAGGCUUCCAGUGAACAAUGCAACACUAGAGCCAUCCACCAACAAAACUAUUUCACAUGCAACCUCAGUCGUUGCAAAGCCAAGUAAUGACGUUAUCCAUAAACCGCCCGAAGCUACUGCUGUGGAUGAACGAAAGACGGAAAAGAAAGAAGCAAGGCGUGUGGGAUUCUUGACCCUUAAGCGCCGGUCCGAAAGUGGGGAUUCGCUUCAGCAGCAGCCGAGCAAGAAGAUGUGUGCAUCUACUACAGCCCCGGCCAUUCCUCUCUUUCCAACGUUGGUGACAGAAGCCGCAAAGGAGGAGGGUCGGGAGAAUGUAUCAUCUCAGAGAAGGUCCAAAAACCUGGUGUCUCCGGAAAAGAAUUCUUUAACAGGUGAAGCCUCUGUUGAGUUGCACUUGGAACUAUCCGAAGAAGAGGACGCACCAUCGAAGGAAGAUGUUGUCGAGUCCAACAUGUCCAAGAAGCCGCGUCGCAUCAGUUUUGUCACAAUCAAGUAAUGCCAGUGAGAGAGGCAGCUAUUGUUUAGUAUGUGCGCAUGCACGUGUAUAUGUGUGUCUUUAUGUGUGUGUGUGUGGGUUUAUAUAGGACAAUGACUCCAUGGACAAUUACCCCCUUCCCCAGACAGUCACUCAUUGGGCACUUACCACUUCUCCUCGAACAAUUACACCCCUGGACAAUCGUCUCAGUAUAAACUUGCCAUGCAGCCAGCCGUUGCUAUGUGACCCCAUUAGGAGGGAUUUAUAGGGGGGGGGGGGAUUUAUGCGUGGUGAUUGUCUGUGGAGUGAUAUGGCAUAGGGUAAUUAUGGAGGUGAAUAGCAAUGUCAUAUUAAGGGUAAUUGUCUGAGGGGGGUGUCCUGAUGCCAUCUCUGUGUUUGUGCGUGCGUGCGUGCAGGCAUGUGCAUGAUCACACAAUUAGCUGCCUUGUAGAUUUUUAGCUCAUCUGACAUAGUCAGAUGCAGCUUGUAGAAUCGCAUGAGCGUGCGUGCGUCCGGCCGUGCAUC